ACUGAGCCUCUGAAGGCAGAAGUCUUGGGAGCGCCGUUCGGACCGGUAACAGAAGUCAUUUGCGAUGGGGAACGUCUUUGAGAAACUGUUUAAAAGCCUGUUUGGGAAGAAAGAGAUGCGAAUCCUUAUGGUGGGUUUGGAUGCAGCUGGGAAAACUACCAUCUUGUAUAAAUUGAAGCUGGGAGAGAUUGUUACCACCAUCCCUACAAUAGGUUUCAAUGUGGAGACAGUAGAAUAUAAAAAUAUCAGCUUCACAGUCUGGGACGUUGGUGGCCAAGAUAAAAUCAGACCUUUGUGGCGACACUAUUUCCAGAACACUCAAGGCCUGAUCUUUGUGGUGGACAGUAAUGACAGAGAGCGCGUCAAUGAGGCCCGGGAAGAGCUGACCCGCAUGUUAGCCGAGGAUGAGCUCCGAGAUGCCGUUUUAUUGGUGUUUGUGAAUAAACAGGAUCUCCCCAAUGCUAUGAAUGCAGCGGAGAUAACGGACAAGCUUGGCUUACAUUCCCUCCGCCAGAGAAACUGGUACAUCCAGGCCACUUGUGCCACCAGUGGAGAUGGACUCUAUGAAGGCCUGGACUGGCUCUCCAACCAGCUCAAGAACCAGAAGUGAGGGGCCCCUCAGCAGCCGUUCCCUGGGCAUCUGGCAGUCAACUGCCUCUUCUGUGUGCGUGUGUGCGUGUGAGGCGCCGCGGGGGUGGCGAGUGGGAUCAGCUUUCUCACAUCGUGCCUUCGACGUGCUGCAGGAAGCCAGUCUGGUGGCGGCGGGAGAAAGCCGGCGUCCCGUCCACCUUCCAUUUCCGUCGCUUGCAUCACCACUUUUGCAUUUGAGGGAGGAGUUCCCGGGGGUGACUGGAGCACUGGGGCCCCCAGGGUUUCCUGGUAGUAAGGCGGGUGGGAGUGCUGUGCUGAGUUCUCGUGCAGCUCUGAACCUGGCCGCUGCUCCGGGGAGUCCUGUUCGUAAGCGUGGAGGAGCAGUCGCUCUUGCUGUUGUGGUCAGAGCCAGCAGCCCCCUGGUCUGUGCUCUCAGGGGGCCCAUCCCCAAGAAAGGGGAGGUACAUACUUGCCCCAGGUUUGAGGCUCACAUGUGAACUUUCCCCUGAAGUUUAUUUGCUAGCCCAGACUUCCUGUUUUCAUGGGCGUGAGUGGAAAGAACCCAGGGUGGGUCUUUCUCCUGAGAGCACCAAGAUUCCCCAACUCUCGAAAGUGAUCCAGUCCUUCCCUGUGCUCCCUCCUUCCCCGACUUGCCUCCUGGCUGCCAGAUGGGGGACCCCUGGGAAGGCUUUUCCCUGGGCCCAGGUCAGGUGGUGAGGGGCAUCCCCUCUCUGUCCAGCACUGUCGCAGGUUCUAGGCUCCUGAGGCCACUGCCCCCACUUCUCUGCUCCCUGAUGAGUGGUCAGCACUUGCGGCUGGAAGCUCCUUCCUGGGGCGGCCGUGCCAUUGGGUCCUUAUCUCAGUCCCACUGGCUCUGGGGCUGGUUUCUGUUACCAGGACCGCAGGCCUGUGUGUUCUGAGAGUUUGUGAGGAACCCAGGUGCAUUCUGGAACACGUUCCCAGCCACCCCUGGUGUUGCCCCUCUGGUGCUAAGUUUUGCUAUGAAAAUGUCCAGUCCAGACCUCCCUCCAUGGCAGUGCCCGCCCUGCGGGUGGCAGCAGGGGUCCCGCGGGGAAAUGUGCUUUAUGUUAUCCCCGAAAUACAAGUGAGACAGGCUUGGAGAGGAGCAAGGCUGCCCAGACCCCAGGCCCGCUCCUCGGCCCAGACUCACCCCCAUUGGCCCAUUUUUUUACCCAAGCCUUUUCAUGACUUCACCUUUUUUAGAAAACAAAACAAAACAAAAAAACACUUUACUGAAAUGACAGAGGAGAUGAAAGGUGAGUUUUAGCCAGCGUGAACCUGGUUUCUUGAUGAUGAAGAUGUUGAUGCUACUGGGAGGCGGUCUCAUGCCGUGCUGUGGGGGUGAUGUGUUUUGGGAAACUAGCUUUAGAGUAUGGUCGUUGUGGUCCGGGUGUGGUUCCUGUGAAACGUGUUGGUGCCUCCAGCUGGUGGGGAUUGUCUGGAUUCGAGCCUCGCUUGUGUCUCGUUUGUCUUCUUGAUUGGUUGGACAAUAAAGACUUGCUCUGCAAAGAGGGAAGGACA